AGUAGCGCUCUGAAAACAGUAGGGGAAGACUGCACUGCUCGUCGCUCGACGAAAUAACGGAGGUGAUCUGUGGUCACAAAACUGGGAGGCAACGAUGGAUUUCAUUACACACAAGUCUAUUGAUUUAGAUGCAAGUAUUAAGAAUCUCAACUGGACUGUGCAACAUAUGGUAAAACUUGCGGAAGACUUUUACCAAUCAAUGGGGUUACCCGCCAUGACACCCAAGUUUUGGAGGGAAUCUGUGUUAGAAAAGAAAAAUGGCGAUACACAAUGUCACGGCACCGCUGCGGAUAUGUUCCAAGAUGACGACUAUAGACUCCUUUAUUGUGCUGAUACGACUAUGGAAGACUUAUAUGUGUUACAUCAUGAGCUUGGACACAUCCAUUACUACAUGGCCUAUGCUAAUCAGCCAGUAUUAUUCAGACAAGCGAAUUCAGCUCUGCAAGAGAGCAUUGGUGACGCAAUCUUUUAUGGAGUGAUGACGCCGCAACAUCUGCAUAGACUUAACUUGGUCAAUGAUACGAUAGGCUACUCAGAUUCAACAGCAAAACCACCGGAACAAAAAUUGGAGGACGUAAUCGAAAGAAAUGACUAUCACCCUGAAAAACUUAUUAAUAACUUAAAGGUUGAUCAGAUGGAAACAAAUCAAAACCACAAAGCUUCACAAAAAUAUGAUAUUGCAGACAAUUUCUACGAUAUUUCAAAAACAAAUGAAAAGCAAUAUGAUAAAAUCAGCGACUCAGGCUUUUCCAAAAAUAAUGUAGAAGCAAAACGAAUUGAAACAUUUGGUGAUCGUAUUGACGAUACAUUAACAAUGAACAUGAAAAUUGAUAAAAGCGAUUUAAAUACUGUUGAAACGUUAGAUCUAACACCCGAUGAAUUACUAUUACUGAAGCAAGCUUUAAAUAAAAUACCGCAAAUUCCCUACGCUUUAGUUAUCGAUGAGUACAGAUGGAAAUAUUUCGAAGGUGGUAUGGACAUGAAUGCAUUGAACAAAGAAUUUUGGGACUUAACUUUAGAAUUACAAGGAAUAGUUCCACCGGAAGAAAGAGACGAACAGUAUUUUGAUGUGGCUGCCAAGUUUCACGUUCCUGACAACACUGCAUAUAUAAGAUAUUUUCUUAGUAGCUUCAUUCAGCAUCAAAUCUUCGAAGCUUUAUGCCGCGCUGCCGUGUUCGGAAGACGAGAUAUGACCACACCAUUACCCGAUACUAUUAUUAUGAAUAGAUGUGAUAUAUAUGGAUCCAAGGCUGCUGGGAAAUUGCUGAAAGAUUUUAUGUCGAGAGGGCACUCGCAACAUUGGCGGGAGAUUUUAUUCGCCACUACUGGUAACACCGAUAUCACCCCACUAGCUCUACAGAGAUACUAUCGCCCUCUAUAUAAUAUUUUGGAGCGAACUGUCAAGAAACUAAAUAUCCCCUUAGGCUGGUAAACCAUUCAGAGUAGAAUUCUUAGUAAACGAAAUUGGAAUUAGAAAUAAAAAUAUUUGUCUAUUAUAGAUCAGAUUAUAGAAUAGAUUAUAAAAUAAAUAGAGUCGUGUUAAUUUAGAAGAGAAAAAUAUAUAAUAGAUUAGCUGUUUGUUAAUAGACGUCUGAGUUAUCCAAUAUUUUAAGAUUAAAUGUGAUUUUGAUCUAAUUAACAUAGGCAUUUUUGGAAAUAUCUCGAUAAUGUUCACACUUAUCAAAUAAAGAGAGUCUUUAUGAACUAUACAUUUUAACUUCUUAUUUCAUUGUUAUAAACCGCAUUAAAAUUUGUUUUGAUGUUUUAGAGUUUAUCACAUUUAGACAGACAGACGAUAUUAUUUAUAAUAACACCUACAUAGGUAGAUAUUUAAAAUGUAUUCUUUCACAAGCAUGAUCCAAUAUUUAAAUACCUAACCAAUAUCGAAAAGGAGUAUCAUGAUGCAACAAAGAAUGUUAAUAUUAUUAUAAACAUACGCAAAACAAAACAACAAAAUACAUUUAUCAAUAAAUAUGCUUUAUUAACUUAAAUAGUUACAAAUAUUUUGUUCGUCGAUACCAAAUUUAAUUUAAAUAAGACUCUGGUUAAGCAAAUUAGAUUCAAUAUACCUAUACAUGUGAAUCAAUCACUUACGAUAACGUUAUAUUGUAAAGAAAUAAAUAUUACGAAUUAUAAAUCAUAAUCACUUUGAAAUAAAGCAAUAAUAUGUAAUUAAAUAAUUUAAUAAUUCUAGGGAUAAGAUAAUUCACGGAUAGAGAAUAGGACAAACAUGGACAUGAUGGUUGAUAGGACCCACCAAUUGUACAAUUGUGUACUCAUAUUGGGAUAAUGUAAUGCAACGUCACAACUUAAAAUUAAUAAAAUAUGCUCUUUUAUAGUAAAAAAAGUGUUAUUAAAACUAUAUUAAAUAAUUUAAACAUCACUUAAUUGAGAAAAAGAAAUCCGAUACCGGUUUAAUAUGAUCAUAUGAACAAUAUGUAAUACUUUUACCAAAACGGUGAAAUGGUCAAUUAUAUAUUCAACAGGAUUUAAAGUUACCCAUUGAUUCAAAUAAUUAAAAAAUGAUAGAAUACUAAAAUAAUCACACCCAUACUAAUUUAUAUACGAGCGAAUAUUGUAAAAAAGAUUAUGUAAGUGAUAAAUUGAUAAUAUUCCAAUAACUUUCAUUUUCAUUUAUCAAUUUGAAUUCAAUUGUAGGUAUUGCAACGAAGGACUUUUUUGUUUGUAAUUCAUUAAUUGAAUCCAAUAUGCUUAGCCUCUGUCUAUUAAAUAAAUGACACAAAUUCAAAAGAAUAAAACAAUUAAUCUUUGAAUACAGUCAAGAUGGAAUAAAUUAGUAUUAGAAUAAUUUAAAGCUUAUUUUAUAACUAUCUUAUGUACAUUGGUAUAAAAAACAUAAAAAAAAAUGAAAACAUUCUGUACAACUAUUUAAAAAUAUUUACAAAAUGCUAAGGCACUUAUGAAUAUUAUAAAAUUUUAUUUAUUUAUUUUUUUAAUUUCGAUUUUAUUGUGUUCACAAAAGCUUCAUUCGAAUUCGAAAAUAAAUUAUCACAAUUGUUGUUUAAUUUUUUUUAAAGUCAUAUUUAUCUACCUAAAUCUGUUAUAUGAUGAUUAAUCAUACUUGGCAGUUUUUUUCUCUCUCCCACUUUGGGAUCAAAAUUGUUUAAAACUAAAUCAAUUCUAUACAUAAUUCAAUAAAUUGAAAUACCUAAUACAUUUUAUGUAUUUGAUAUUUCGAUAUUUUGUAAGAAUAAUUUACGUAUAUUUUUUGAUAAACUUUAGAAAUUUAGUAACACGUUACCAUCUUUUUACAUAGGGAAAGUAAUCUUGUUCAUAUUGUAAUAAAAUUAAAUUAAAGGAAGACAUAUGACAGUUCAUACAAUAUAAUACUAAAACGAUAAAUUUAAAGUUUUCAUAUUUAUUACUAGCAUCGUUAGAAAUAGAAGAAGUAUAAAAAUCAUAUAAGUUGUAUUUUUGAACAGUAAGCUUCUGUUUUAAUGUGCUUCAAAUUUUAAAAAUAAUGCAAAACCUAUAAAACAAUAGGCACUCUUUCUUUCCGUUUCAUUUUAUUGAGUAAUUCAUAUCAAAAUUUCUUGUUCUUACAUCGGUCGCUUUUUACUACUUGGAAUUGAAGUUACAGCGCACUACAGAAAACAAUUGUAUAUCAAUUUAGCACCAUUUACAAAAUUCUACACUUACUUCAUGAAAUUAAAAAAAAACAAAACUUGGAAAUCGCGUGCGCUACCACAUAUGUUACAGCUUUAACGUAUCUUCCCAGUGAGAAAACAUUUUAAAAUAUGUUU